AUGUUACUUUUUGACCCCUUCAUAUUUUCUUUAAUUUCUGCAAUUCAUCUAUUGCUAUUACGAUCCGUCCGUGAAUUUCAGUAUGAGAUUUUCUGUCUCCUGUUACAUUAUCUGGGCAUUGCUACGUUGCUAGAUCUAAAACUCCUCCUCCACUCCUUACGCCUUCCUCUGCGUGUUUCACUUGCUUUCUCUCUCUCUCUCUCUCUCUUUCUCUCUCUCUCUCUCUCUCACACACACACUCUUUUUUUUCUCUUCAGUUAUCAAUCUUUCUUUUACUUCCUCUUCCCUUGCUUUUUCGCUCACGAUACAGCCGGAGAUUUUAGGGAAAUUUUACACGGACAGCCAUUGUUCCGUGGACCAGCAAUGGUUCCUGGACCACCAGUGGCCCGUGGACCACCAGUGGUUCCUGGACCACCAGUGGUCCGUGGACCAGCAAUGAUUCCUGGACCACCAGUUGUCCGUGGACCAGCAAUGGUUCCUGGACCACCAGUGGUCCGUGGACUAGCAAUGGUUCCUGGGCCACCAGUGGUCCACGGACCACUGGUCUAG